AUUGUUGAUAUGCUGAAACAGGAGCAUCGUUGACAGCCGUACGAUAGAAAUUGCUCCUGAAGUUGUUUUACGAUUGUUUUCGGUAGUCUCUAGUCUGGCAACAUAUGCCUGUAACAUUAAAUUAGUAAGAUAUAGCCGUAAGUUAGUUCACGUACGUCGCGAACCAGUUUGCAAAUGCAAAUUAGCUUACAAUUCCAGCGUUUACUUAUUUGAAUAGCAACCAAGCUAACUAACGCUAGCUACCGAUUGCUAACUACAAGGAACCUGACUAGACUUGACUUGAAGUGGCGGGCAGCAAUCAAACUUCCUCUGUCAUAGCUAGCAUAAACACUGGCUGUCUGAGUGUAUGUAACUUAUUCUGUCCAAGUAUGGGCUGACAAGAGACUUGUGUCGCAGUCAGAUACCUUCUGCUGUGGUGUCUGUGAAAUGACCUGACUGCAAACCCUCGGCCACAUCAGAUUACAAGAAUGGCAAGGAUAGCGUGGUAUCAGGAGAAGAUUGGUGCCUAUGACCAACAAAUAUGGGAGAAAUCUCUGGAACAAGCUGAACUCAAGGAUAUUCACAGCAAACCGAAGAAAACAGGACAUAUCAAGCCCGAUCUCAUUGAUGUCGAUCUCGUGAGAGGCUCCACGUUCAGUAAGGCCAAGCCGGAGAGUCCUUGGACGGCCCUGACUCGGAAGGGCCUUGUGAGGGUUCUGCUCUUCCCGUUCUUCUUCCAGUGGUGGAUCCAGGUCACCUCCAAAUGCAUCUCCACAUGGAUCCUCAUCUUGUACCUCCUGCAAGUGGCAGCUGCGGUGUUGUACUUGCAGGUGCCGGUGGCCAGUGCCAGUGAGGUGGUGGGGCCCGUGUGUUUGAUGCUGUUGCUGGGCACGGUGCACUGCCAGAUCGUGUCCACCGAGUCCUGCCGCAGCCUGCAGCCCAGCCCGCCCCCCAGCAGAGCCUCCAGCCCCGUCAGGAGGAAGAGACAGAGGAAGAGCAAGGCACCAAAGAAAGCCGAGGACCAUGGGAAUGGUGCAGACUCCAGACAGAUGUCCAGGCAGCUGGAGGAGAAACCGAGACUCUUGAAGAAUGAGAAGAGACGGAGCCCUCUGAGGAAGUCCAAGUACGGGCCCUCGGAGGAGAUCUCCAGUGACGAGGAGGAGAAGGAGGGCUGCGAGGUGGCCGCACACUUCCACCAGCCUGCCAGAGACCGGCCCGCCACAGCGCUGGGACCCAAGCCGGCCUCCAUACUCAGGAAGAGGAUCAGGAGCCCGGCGAAGAGCCCCUCGCCCCCUCGGCUCCAGCCUCAGGAUGAAGGCAAGACUGUAACCAUGGUUACGGGUGUGAAGCCACGAGACGUGGAGCAUCUCAUCACCUCAGUGGGCUCGCAGGCGGCGUCAGACACGGACGACAUGCUGUGGGAGGAGCUUCUGCAGGGCCCUGACUCCGCCUCUUCAGGAAGUAGUGACAGCGAGGAGGAUGGGCGCCACAGCCACCUGCCUCCGGCCAAUGGGCUCAGCAGCGACGAGGAGACCUUCCCACAGGUGACCGCUACGACCUCCAAUGUGGAGACUCAUCUGUCAUGGCUGCAGGCGUGCCACCCAUCCAAAGACCGCGUGAGCGCCAUCUUCUGGGAGCAGGGAGAGUGCAAAAAGGCCGACAUGUCCGUGCUGGAGAUCAGUGGCAUCAUCCUCACACGGGUGAAGGUGGUGGAGCAGGGCAUGGGCUACCUGGUGCUGGGUGGGCUGGUAACGGCCAUGUUGGCGCUGCUGCCCUUCUGCUUCCGUGUGACCCAGCGUCUACAGGUGGCGCGGCUGGGCUCGAUGGACGCUGCCGAGCUGCUGGCCACUGCCCUGGGGCCACCUAGCGCCCGCGCAUACGCCUUCUUCCUCAUCAGCACGUUGGAGCGAGUCUGCCUCACCGGCUUCUUCUUCUUCAUGACCUGUGUUGCUGAGAGGACCUACAAACAGAGACUUCUCUUUGCUAAGCUCUUCAGCCACUUGACAUCAGCGCGCAAGGCCAAGAAGUCUGAGAUCCCCCAUUUCAGAUUGAAGAAGGUGCAGAACAUCAAGAUGUGGCUGUCAUUACGCUCAUUCCUAAAGAGGCGAGGACCCCAGCGUUCGGUGGACGUCAUUGUGUCCUCCAUCUUCUUCCUUGCUCUGUCCAUUGCCUUCAUCUGUUGUGCUCAGCUUCUUCAUAGCCACCACACAUUCCUGGACUCGGAGACCAACUGGGAGCUACUGAUAUGGGGCUCAUCUCUCAUCUUCUUCCUGCUGCGCCUGGCAUCGCUGGGCGCAGAGACCAACCGCAAGUACAGCAACGCAUCGGUGCUGCUCACUGAACAGAUAAAUUUGUAUCUUAGGAUGGAGAAGAAGCCAAACAAGAAAGAAGAGCUGAACAUUGUUAAUAAUGUUCUGAAGCUGGCCACAAAGCUUAUGAAAGAGCUGGACACUCCAUUCCGGCUUCUGGGCCUGACGGUGAACCCUCUCAUCUACAACAUCACCCGCGUGGUCAUUCUGUCAGCCAUUUCUGCAGUGGUCAGUGACCUGCUGGGCUUCAACAUCAGAUUAUGGAAGAUAAAGCCCUGAUGUGAAACCAAACCUUUGAGCAUUUGGACCCUGAAGACUAAACAGCCUCAGGUUAUGCACCUUCCGUCUGACCGAUCUUCCGGUCAGCCCUCUUGGCGAUCAUGUGCAAAUCUACUGACCAAAACCUCUUCAUCGCUCUGCCUCUGUCGGAGUGACCAGGAGGCUUUUUGAACUUUCCUAUUCAUUUAUGCACACGUGAGGCAUUAAAUCAGACUUGCUCUCGUCUGACCUGUGGAUCCUAACCCCUUAAACCCAACCCCUGUGCGAUUAGUUCACCAGGCUUCUGCAAUUCCACACAGAAACAAAAAAGAGAGAAAAAAGCCUGUCUUUCCUCAUAACCACUUAAGUGCCUUCUAAACUUUGAGAGAGAAUAUUCUGUCUGUUGCUCUUUAUGGAUGGGUGGUUGUGUGAUGUGAUGUGAAUGACACUUAUGGUAGAAUGGACUGGGAGUGACCAAUUAGAUUAUUUGUAAAAGCUUUUUUAUAAUAUAUGAGGUAAUGAAUAUUUCUCAGAAAAUAGUGUACAUUUCAUAUCAGUCCUUUCAUUUCUGCAGAGGACUGCAAAUUAUGCCACUAAAUGUGAGUACAUGAAAUCUUAGUGAAAUCUUUAAAGAACAUUUUUCUUUUCUCCAUACUAAAAAAAAACCUUACUGGACUUGGAGGUGAAAGUGCUGAGAUCAACCAUACCCUUGUUACUGCAUACUACAAUAAAGGCUAUUUGGAUACAAUGGAAA